GCAAAGGUCAAAGAUCGAUGAACGUGCGCUCACCAAGUUACUUGUACCUGCACGGGCGGCCGGCGAAAUUUGUUCAGUCUAACGACGGAUUCAAGGCUCGAUUUACAGAACAUUCCGUUCCAGUAAAUUUUGUGUUGUCACGACGCCAAAAUGGCGAACGCCAACAACGAGACCCCGUGCUGUAUCGGGGACAGACUGGAGUAUGGCUCCAUGGGGAGGGAGCUGAAGGUGGGCGGGGUCGACAUGUACCUGGCCACGCCCAAAACCCCCACCAAGAAGGGAAUCGUGGUUUAUAUAGACAUCUUCGGCUGGCAGAUGUCCAACACUCGCUACAUGGUGGACAUGAUCGCCAACAAUGGUUAUGUGGCAAUUCUUCCAGAUGCAUUUCAAGGUGAAGAACCAUGGACACCUACCAGCGAUUGGAGCACCUUCAACGAAUGGAUGAAGACAAAGGACCCAAACAAAAUUCAUACUGUAGCUGAUGCAGCAGUAGGUUACCUACAGCAGGAGUGUGGUGUGGAACAGCUGGGAUGUGUGGGCUUCUGCUGGGGAGGGCGAGCUGUGCACGCCUGCCUGGUGGACCGGAAGGACUUCAACUGUGGAGUGGCUUUCUACGGUAUGCGUGAUAAAGAUGAUGAGAAACGUGGACUUCUGAACGCACCUGGGCUUUUUAUCUUUGGAGGAAACGACCCUGUGAUUCCUUUGGAUCAGGUAGAAACCCUUAAGACAGAGUUGAAGAAGUCUUGCAAGGUGGACUACCACGUGACCGUGUAUGAAGGAAUGCCACACGGUUUCGCACAUCGUAAAAAGGAAGAGAAUGACAAAGAUGCAGCGGCCAUUGAUGGAGCACGUCUUGAGAUGCUGAAGUGGCUGGAGAAGUACAUGUAAUCAAGGAGGUUGCCAUCUUAAUGCCAUCGUUGUUACGUGUCCACCAACCUUGGAGUGGCCUUCAGGUCUCAUUACGUGGUAAAAAAAAUCAUCUUGUGCCUUUAUCGGAUGUCCAUUCACUCAUGUAUGCAUGAUUAACAGGUCUCAAAUGUUUUAUAGCAGUUUAGACGAUAAUACUGUAAGAGUUGAUUAAGAUGGUUUUUGAUUUAAGGCUGAAAUACAUUUCACUAACCAAUCCCUUAUCAUGGAGUACAAAAUUUAAUUCUGAAUAAUGUCAUAGUAAAGCAUAACGACAAAUAUCAUUUAUAUACAUAUCGUUAUCCUUUUAUUUAACUGUAACGUUAGAGAUAAUUAUAAUGAUAAGCAAAUUCCGUAAUCCAUCGAUGUACUUUAUCUUUUUCAUAAUGAAUACCAGUCUCUUUAUCUCACACCCUUUCGUCAUACGUAUUCUUACAAUGUACUGUUCGUAGAUAGUGUAUUGAUUUGGAGAUAGACUUUUCAAUAGAGGUAAAGUCUGGUAAAGUGGAUUGAAUAUCUGGGUUCGUAUACUAAAAAAGGUCGCUAGGCUACGCCUCUGUCUAUUUCUUUCAGUUAGCACUAUCAAUUUUAGCCAGAAGGUUACGUUCUAAUCAUAUUUUGUGCAAGCGUACACCAAAGUUGUUUAAUGUCAGAAACAGAGAAGAAACAGAGCGCAUCAGAAAUAUGUAUGGCUUAGCAUGAAGGCAGCCUACACUGAGGAUUUUCGCCUUGGCGGUUAUGCAACAUUUAUAUAUGUAGACAGGAAGGAUAUACCUAGGGAUGAUUUCCCAUAACCACACACACACUUGGAGAGAUAGAGGCAAGUUUCAACUGUUUCGAAGCUUACGAUAACAGGCAAGGCAACGGCAUCAAUGAGGACGAUCGAAAUAAAACCUGGAAACAAUUUCUGAAGAAA